UUGACACGGCAGGGAAUUGAACUAGCAACCUUCAGAUUACUAGCCCAACUCCCUCACCACUCAGCCAUCUGACUCCCAGUAGUUGCAGCCAAAUUUACUCUUCAUUGGUUCUUUUCAGCCUGCCAGUAAACCGUCAUCCUAUCAUAACCACUAUUACUAACCAUAUUACAGUAGUAAUGAGGUAUGAUUGAUAUCCGCAGAUCAUGUACAAAUCAAAUUUGCAACAGCAAGGUGCGCCACAGCCGGGCUGUAAUCGUGGUGGCUGAUCAGUAUUGGACUUGCAGCUGGGUUGGCGCUGAUAGAAGCCAGCUGUUUAUCUCGUCUCUGACCCGGCUUUGGCUGCUGGUCCAUCACAAACAGCCGGACACCAGAGGAACGCGGCCCGCAGCAUUAUAAACCUACAUGUGUGCCCCCGAGAUAUCCAGCCGGCAAACACAGGGCCGUGUCCCUCAGUUUGAGGUUUUGCAACUCUUACUUAUGGAGAGCCGUGCAGUAUACCUCUAAGGCCUGUUCAUAGGACCAUCUGUCUUCAGUCUGCUAGAAAAAGAACUGCUGCUUAGGAUACUUUGCAUUUUCAUACUGAAGUUACCAAAAUGUGAAAGCACCCUCCUCACAGAUUUACACUUGUGCACUCUACAGAGGGUGAGUGAGUGCUGCUAUAUAUAUUUGUACAAUGUUAAUUCACCUCCAAAAACAUAGAGAAAUCCAGCGAUGUACACUUUAUCAAUCAAUGUAUCAGUGUGUAUUUGUAAAACAAAAACUGUGUUAAAUUGUGUGCAGAUGUGUUUUUCUAUAGUGUUAGUCAGCUGGAGGAUAAUUACCAGAACAAAUGAUAAGGGGUGUUAGGAUGUUUUCAAAUAGACCCUCUGAUGUUUAGAGUGAUUUAGACUGAAUGUUCCUCGGAGAGGAACCGAAACAAUGAAAUACCUUGAGAUGGGAAAUCUCUGCCCCCAGGUGUAAAGUAUACAAUAGAAGUGGGCUCAAUUGAGCCUCAUUAUUAGAAACUGUGGAUAAGCUUCAUAUCAGGAGGCUACAACAUGAGUAAUACCAAUUGGAAGAUUAUGGUACUGUAAAGGUUCUGGUUAUUUUUUAAGUAGUGGGUUAGAAGAACGCAGACUAUUACUUCCAUUUAAUAGUAUGUCUGCAAGAACCAUUUCACUAUGCCUGCAGAAAGGGAUGACCUUUGGACUGGUUUGGUUUCUGUCUACAUGAGUUCCUGUAGAAACGAUGUAUGUCAGAGGGCAGACAUCCUCACACAGGAAAUAUACGUUUGUGUAUAAAUUGUCAGACAAUAAAUCUAGUCUUUCACUGGUAUCGGUCCUCACACUUCAGAAGUGAGAUCUACAUCUUAAGUAUGCCUUCUCUCAUGUCAUCAGUUAGGUGUGUAGUUGCGCUUCUCUCCAUCAUUAUUGGCUCAAUUGGAUCCCAGAUUUUCGUAAAGCAGUAUCCUCAGAAGAUCCGGACUGUCCCUGGGGGAAAUGUAGCUCUUGUGUGCGAGUUCAACCACCAGAAAAAUGAUCCAAAUACAGUGCACGUCUCAUGGCACCGGAGGAAGUCAAAUGGUUCCUCGGGUACAGAGAAACUUGUGCAGAGUUCAAACAUCCAUUUCUAUGGUAACACUUCAAAGGGGUUCUCCAUCCUUGUCCUGGAGGACAUCCAGUUCCAUGACGGCGUUAUGUACUUGUGUGAAGUGCUAGUGAUUUUCCCACCGCCAGAACUAGCCCGGGGAAAUGGAACUCUGUUGGAAAUUGAUGGUCACCAGAACUACACAGAACAACCGGUGGCUACACAACACUCAAUCAACUGGUGGAACAUCUGUGUUGCUGCUGCUUUAUCGGGUAGCUGUAGUAUAGCUCUAAUGGCUUCUAUAACUAUUCUAGUUGGAAAAUGCAAAACCAGCAAAAAGAGGUUUAAUGUUGCCUCAGGUGAUGCUGCCCCUCAGGAAUAUGAAGAUAUGAACACGUUGAGAGGGAAAAUGGUCUCACUGUCCCACCUUUGAACACGGCACAUGAU